AUGCUUUCCUUAUCCCUUGAUUGCGCCCCACCCCCCCUCCAACCUCCACCCCACCCCCCCAUGGUCCUCUCCUUCCCCAUUGUCCCUCUCCUUCCCCCUUGUCCCUCUCCUUCCCCCUUGUCCCUCUCCUUCCCCCUCCCUCUCCUCCCCUUGUCCCUCUCCUUCCCCCUUGCCCCUCUCAUCCCCUUGUCCCUCUCUCCCUCUCCUUCCCCCUUGCCCCUCUCCCACCCGUUGUCCCUCUCCUUCCCCCAUGCCCUCUCCUUCCCCCUUGCCCCUCUCCUUCCCCCUUGCCCCUCUCCUUCCCCCUUGCCCCUCUCCUUUCCCCUUGCCCCUCACCUUCCCCCUUGCCCCUCUCCUUCCCCCUUGCCCCUCUCCUUCCCCCUUGUCCCUCUCCUUCCCCCAUGCCCAUGCCCUCGCCUUCCCCCUUGCCCCUCUCCUUCCCCCUUGCCCCUCUCCUUCCCCCAUGCCCUCUCCUUCCCCCUUGCCCCUCUCCUUCCCCCAUGCCCUCUCCUUCCCCCUUGCCCCUCUCCUUCCCCCUUGCUCCUCUCCUUCCCCCUUGCCCCUCUCCUUCCCCCUUGCUCCUCUCCUUCCCCCUUGCCCCUCUCCUUCCCCCAUGCCCUCUCCUUCCCCAUAGUGCCAGACCCGUCGCGCUUCUUGACGUCGUAUGCCAGGCGCACUGUGCCGUACGACUUCACCACCAUCACCCCCAAACCCCAAGCCAUGGUGACAGGGCAGCACGGCGUGGGCACGGCAGUGCUAGCCAUCUCACCUGCUGGUGCCAGCCGUCUCGCUUCUUGA